CUCUCCCUGUUUGUGUGUAUGUGCGCAUAUCUAGCAAAUCUUCUUCAUAGUUUAUUGGGCAAAUCUAGUACUGUCUCUCUCUGCAUUUUUUUUUGUUGUGCAUGCUAGCUGGUGGGGAGAUUGCCAUGAGCACAACAACAAUUCAUGUCCAGGAAAAGAGAAAAAGACCGAUCAACGAUCUGCAUCCAACUCUAUUGAGGAUCAAAGAGGACUCCCAUGUUAUAAAAAAAUCAUCAUUUUCCUCGCAAAAAAUAACCCAGUCGCCAAAGCUUUGUGACCUAUUCACUAAUGCCCCUCCUCCCAAAAUCAUCCAUGCCAAUGCCCGGGAAUUCAAGACCCUGGUUCAAAGAUUGACGGGUCUUUCGCGGCCCAAUGAAGUAAUUGAUAAUGGGAAAAGGCCUAUGAACAACGUCGUUGAUCACCGUUGUAAAGGGUCCUCAUCAUCUUUCAAUCCAAUCCAUGAGUGUUAUUUGACUUCUCAUCCGUAUUUGGCUGACAUGCCCUAUCCAUAUUUGGGUCACGACAUACCAAAUUAUUUGACGGAUUUGUCCUUGAGUCUUACACCAAAUUCGACGUAUUUGUCCUUAUCUCCUCUGCCUGUGUAUACAUAUGCUGAGACAAUCUCUUUCUCCGCAUUGCCAAACAUUGGAAGCUCGAUAUCGCCUGUUAGGAAUGAAUUUCUAGAUAUUGGAACGAUAAAUAAUGGAUUCGGACUUUGAACGACAGAGAGUGUUGGCCUGGUGUGCUCAAGGGUAAAAGAUGGAAUUUGCUUAUUAUGGAAGAGAUGAAGGGAUUCAGAGAUUGAAACAGGAAGAGUUGGUCCCCAGAUAAUUUGAUUUUAUAAUUUCCUUAUUUAUUUGAUUUUCAUUGUUUCGUUCCUUUUUAUUUUUUAUUUUAUUUUUCUCUUUUGGUUAUGUGUUUAUUAUUGUAUAAGAAGAUUGGUUGGCUUUAUAACAAUUUGAACAAAAA